AAGUAAGCAGAGGUGGUAAAAAUUGUUUUUAGCCACCGAUUGCAACAGAAUCCAAAUAAUCAACUAAGCACUCAAUUUGGAGGUUGGAACAUACAUUGCAAAUAAAAUGGCUUUACCGGCUAAAGUUUUUACACUUUCGAGAAAUGGUCAUCGCAUGUUUGGAACCAGUCUCCGCUUAAGUGCAGCUGGCAAAGAUAUAGUAACUGUACCGAAGGGCUAUGUCUAUGUGAAUAAUAAAGAGUUGAGUAUGGAAAUCAAUGAGAUUACUGACCGCGCAGCAACAACAAUGUUUUUAGGAGAACUUUUUCGAGGGUUUGCUGUGACUUUGGCUCACAUAUUUAAAGAACCAGCCACUAUCAACUAUCCCUUUGAAAAAGGCCCCUUAAGUCCUCGUUUCCGUGGAGAGCAUGCUCUUCGUCGGUAUCCAAGUGGAGAGGAGCGUUGUAUUGCUUGUAAAUUGUGCGAAGCAAUAUGUCCAGCGCAAGCUAUUACGAUUGAAGCAACAACUCGUUCCGACGGAAGUCGGCGUACAACGCGAUACGAUAUAGAUAUGACUAAAUGCAUCUAUUGUGGUUUUUGUCAGGAAGCGUGUCCGGUUGAUGCCAUUGUAGAGGGCCCCAACUUUGAAUUCUCAACUGAGACACAUGAAGAAUUAUUGUACAAUAAGGAAAAGCUGCUUUGCAAUGGAGAUAAAUGGGAAUCGGAGAUUGCAUCUAAUUUGCAAGCAGAUCACUUAUACCGAUAAAUUAUUUGAGUUACGACGAGUUAAAGUCCUCAAAUUCGUUACAUAUAUUAUACUUCAAUAUAGCUUGAAUAAAGGCUUUAAUUAAUGCAAUUAUA